AUGGCGACACCCGACCCCGUAGACCCAGCCACCCUAGAGAUAAAGACCCGUAGCAUAGAACAGACACUACACCCACUAGUAAAGCAGAUUUCUACGUUAGUGUCGCACAGAGAACGUCCGCUAUGUUCGGACAGAAGUCUCCGUGCUGUUGCCAGAGUCGGACAAGCUGUGAAUCUGGCAGUAGAGAGGUUCGUCACUGUUGGCGAAACCAUCGCGGAUGGAAAUCCAGAGAUCAGGGAGGACAUGUACCAGGCGUGCAAGAGAGCAAGAGAUGCUGGCUCGGCUAUCGAAAAAUUAUGCGAGUGCGCCACAGAGGACAGUUUAGCUGACCGAGGGUCUGUUGUCAGAGCUGCAAGAUGCCUUCUUGGUUCUGUAACCAAGGUCCUCCUUUUGGCUGACAUCGUCGUGGUCAAACAACUUCUUCUUGCAAAGAAGAAAGUGGCUCGUAGUCUUGGCCGUCUCGAAAGUGUUUCAAACUUUACCGAAUUUGUGAAGGCGUUUAGCCAGUUCGGGGCGGAGAUGGUGGAAUUAGCACACUUAACAGGUGAUCGUCAAAAUGACUUGAAAGACGAGAGACGAAGGGCACAGAUGGCUGCGGCUCGUCAAGUUUUGGAGAGAAGCACUAUGAUGUUGCUCACGUCUAGUAAAACUUGCUUAAGGCAUCCGGAAUGUCCAUCUGCCAGAGAAAACAGAGACACCGUUUUCUGUCAGAUGCGAAGAGCCAUGGACUUGAUACACUACGUGGUCAAAGACGGAGUAUUAGAUUGCAGUGAAUCGCAGUCUUAUUCCAAUUCCCAGAGUCCACAGCAGGAGGAUUGGGACAGUAGCACGGCAUUCUCCGCGUUGAAACACUUCGAAAGACUCGUUGAAACCACAAGAAUGACUCUCCUAGGACCAGGUUGUCGAGAGACCCUCACCGCCGCGUUAGAUACCGUUAUUGAGAGAACGCAGGAUUUCACUGAUAGCGCAUACACGAGCCACGAGCACAGAGAAAACAUCCUUCUGCUUUGCGAUCGAGCGCAACUCGAACUCAACACGCUCCUGCGAAUCGGCAACAGUAUGAAUUACGAAGGUGGCGGUGGUUCUCCAAGUUCUGAGAUGGAGCAAGCUGUCUUAGGAGUAUUACGUACCACCAGGGAUCUUCGCCAGCAGCUAUGCACGACCACGAUGGAACAAGCGGCCGAUCUUGGACAGGUAACUAAAGCGGGUCAGGAACUUGUUUCAACGAUCAGGAACGUCGCUUUGGCCAAUGACAGAUAUCUUCUUCAAGAAAGCAACGAAAAAUUUCGCGAAUACAUUGAACACAUUCUCGAAGUGUGCAAAAUGCUGAGACACGUUGCGCUCUCGGAAUCGUUGCAAGUUUCAGCCAAGUUUACCGAAAUUAACCUGAGAAUAUACGGUCCCCAAGUGGUGACAGCGGCAUAUACUUUAGCGAGACAUCCUACCAGUAAAAUCGCUAAGGAAAACCUAGAAGUGUUCGCCGACAUGUGGCAAUGGCUUAUGACUGAUGUGACCACCGUGGCGAAAGACGUACUCGAAUUGAAUCAAAACCGACCUGAAAAACAAGUUUACAUGUCCUUACCACGGCCUGGAAAACACGGUACAACGAGCAAACCACUGAAACCGGUAAAAUUGGACAGCGAAGAGCAGGCUAAGAUCGCAAAGGCAGGUCUGGAGAUGAAGCUGAUCACUUCGGAGAUGGAUGCGGAAACAGAGAAAUGGCAGGAAAGUGGAAGUGCCCUGGAAGAGAACAACGACAUCGUGAAACGCGCGAAGAACAUGUCCUCGAUGGCGUUCUCGAUGUACCAGUUCACCAGAGGUGAAGGGGCGUUGAAAACUACACAAGAUCUAUUCACCCAAGCUGAGUAUUUCGCCGAGGAGGCGAACAGAUUGUACAAGGUUGUGAGACAAUUCAGCUAUCAGGUACCGGGCGGACCGCACAAGAAAGAACUCUUGGAAAAUCUUGAUCGUGUGCCAACGUAUGUACAGCAGCUUCAAUUCACCGUGAAGAAUCCCACCGUUGGAAAAGCCGCCACUUUUACCAAAGUCGAUAACGUGAUACAAGAGACAAAAAAUUUAAUGAACGUGAUUUCGAAAGUGGUGACCACGUGUUUCGUCUGCGCCACAAAGUACAACCUGGAUUUCCGAGGUCUGUCGGCGCGUGGGGCCGGCGGCUCGCCGUACAGGGGCGGAGAGGGUGCAGGCGCCGAUGGCGACGGUGGCGGUGCUGGUGUCGACGGCAGCAAGACGGGCUCCGCCCCCGGCAGCGACCCGUCCGUCUGACAGUUUGGGAUGGCCCGACGGGCCAAGGGGGACGCUCGCCGCACUCGGGUUUCCUUUCUACUUUUCUAGGAAGAACCCUCGCCUGCCCCAUCGAAACGUACACGUCGGGCUCCCUCGAUUCCCUUCGAGAUCCCAACGGAAUCUUACAGAUUUUCGACGGGAUUUCCAAUCGUACCAACCAAUCGUUUAUGUUUAUUCGGUUCCCAAAGUUUCUUAUUCAUUAAGCCUUAUUUCGCGAAUGAUACACGUAGCAUCGAAAUGUCAAUUUCGUCGAGAGAAAUGCCGAAUUUAAAAAAUUCUAUACGUUUGAAUAAUUAUCUUCUACUUGUUAAAAAAUAUGUUUAUCUAAUGUCAUGUCGUAGCAAAAUAUUACAAAUAGAUCUGAGAAAUCCCAUCGAAAGAACAGAAUGUUUUCAAACUAAUAUUUUUCGAACACACGCGAUUAUUCUAGUCUACAAUUUUUAACAAAGAACAGACUUUCAUCGAAUCACGUCGAGGAACGAAUAUCGAACAAACGAAUGUGGUCGAAUCAUCCUUCCGAAAAGUUGGCCGAAUCGAACGAUAAAGUUCGAUGAAACCUUCGUUACAAGUUACAGGUUUCGAUUAACGAAUGGAAGGAAUUCAGUCUUAUUCCAAAUUUUACCGGUGCUAUCCAAAAUUACCAAUCGACUGGUUCCUUGAUUAACUAAGGAUUAUCUAGGAGAUAAGCUGACCGUGUAAUUUCUUACGAGCACAUUGUAUUUGCAUCCGACGAGUGGACUUUGAAAGCGCGUUUGCUUUUUAAAGAGAAAAUUUAUAAUUUAGAUUAUCGACGUGUACGUUUCUCAAUCGUAAUUUGCUUCGAGCACAAGCUACAUGUAUUCCACCGAUUAGCCACGGUACACGCGUAAUCUUUGCGUUGCUCAAUAUAGAAAAUGAAACGGGUUUUCCGUUCGAGAAACGGUUCCGUGUCGCUUCGCGUGACUGCCAUGAAACGCAUGACAGGAACCAAUAGAGAAUCACGAGAAAUUUAGAUACGCUUUGGCACAAAAAAACGCACGCGUCAAACCGUGCAAAGAAUCAAGAACACAAAGAACGUUAAAGCGCGUUCGUUGGCAUUUUAAAAGAUAUACGAAAAAGCUUUUUCCUUGGAAAAGUAAGUAAUAUAAAGUAUUUCUAUUUUCCAAAAUUUUCAUGUAAUCUCAUAAAAUUAUCUUAAACGUGUUUCGACGCGUACGUUUAAAAUCGUGUUUGCUCCGAACACGACCCAUUUACGGCUGAACGGAACGUAAACUGAACGUCACUCGAAACGAACAAUUUUUCCUGUACCCUUUUUACUCUCUUCUUUAGAAUUUCAUCAUGCGGUAAAUUUUAUCCUGCAAUGUAUCUAUGAAUAAAACGAACAAGACGAGCUUUAGAGUCUAAAGCAUCGUCGAGUUGUGCGAUGAAAUUUAAUGUUCACAGCGGCAAUAAUGCAGCCAUAUCAGAAAAAUCGACGUCCGAUGAGCGAACGGUAAAACUGUUUGGAAUAAUUAACGCCGUUGACAGAAGCCACUUUACGCGGCUUUUGUUCGAAAAGUCCUUUCGCCGAAACAACGAUCUGCGUAGGUAACUUGUUCCCUUCGUCCGUGACAGUAUGCGUGCCUCUAUUGUAAUAUAUGUUGCUGUUGCUGCCGCUGCUUUAAAAUCCAUUCAACUUUCCGCGUGAUAUAUCGAACGAUAUACAUACGUGUAAUUCGAGUGGCAGCGAAGCAAACAUUUCAACGCAGCACGUUUCAUCGUUAACAAGUUGUUUUGUCUUUUGCUGCACUGACUUUAAUCAUCUCUCUGUCUCUUCGUUCGAGAAUUUCUGAACGACUCCAUAUGCAAAAAAAGAAAAUUCUAAAACGAAAGAAACUCGUUCUUCCAUGUAGAAAAGUUGGUGCAACGACAAUAAACUCGACCGAAAUGUCUUUUAAACAUCCGCUUACGCGUCUCACCAACUGAUUUUUCAACAAAUUUCCCCACUUUCUCUCUUCGUUACGUCACGUCACGUCAUGUAUCUUUCAUUGUUAACGCAACGUGCUGCGAGGCAUUACGCUUCUCAAGAUUCGCUUUUGAUGUUCAGCAGUUAACUAAUAUCUCGCCAAUUAACGUAUGGCAAGGUAUUAAACGCUUCGAUAGACAAACAGUCUCGCUUGUUACCUGAACAAUGGCUAUGCGUGACGAAGCCUGGAAUCUGAUUCUUUGAAUUUUCAAACUUUUUGCACCGUCGCACUAGGAAGCUAAGGAGAACGCAAACCUCUACGAUUUUAUAUUAUAAUACUAUACCAAAUAUUCGUUCGGCGUUAUUUUUA